AUGCCGAAACUAGAGCAGUUUGAGAUCAAGAAGUACUGGCAAAUUUUCUCGGGUUUGAAGCCUGUUGACAACAAAUUAACGCAUGAUCAAGUUCAACCUAUUCUGUUCAAUUCCAAGCUAGAUUCGUCCAUUUUGAACAAAAUUUGGUUUUUGGCUGAUAUAGACGAUGACGACAACCUCGACUUUGAGGAAUUCGUGAUUUGCAUGCGGCUCAUCUUCGAUAUGGUCAACAAGAACAUCGAGACCGUUCCAGACAACCUUCCGGACUGGCUCAUCCCAGGUAGUAAACUGAAGCUUAUCCAGCAACGCGAGUCUCGAGAUGUUGCUCCCGAAAGUAGUGUAAGCUCGAACAUUACGGUUGAAGACUCUGCACCAGCAGUAGCGCCAAAACAGCCCCCUUCACCUCCCAAACUAGAUUGGUACAUUGGUCCCUCCGACAAAUCAUUAUACAAUUCGAUUUAUGACUCCUGUAGCAAGCUGACAGAUGGUACAAUCGCGUACGGCCCGCUAUUCAGUGCAAUGCGUUCCAAAUUUACCAGCAUCAAUUCCGUUGACUUCGAUCGUCUGUGGGUGCUUGUGAAUCCUCAAAAUAUGGGCUCCAUCAAUAAGGAUCCUGCUGUGUAUCUGAUACACGCACUCAAACAGAGAGCUGAACUAGGCUGUGAGCUACCUGCAGAGCUACCGCAUGCUUUCAGAGAGGUCUGCAACCAGCAGAGGGUCUCGUACGACCUAAAUUCUUCGCAAGGCGACAUUACACGCCAUUCUCGCCAUACCAAUACGAGCCACAAUGCCGAUUCUCCAAGUCAGAGCUCCUCCGAGGCAUAUGGAAGCGCAGAUCCUGAGGUUGCUGCCCUAAGAAAGCAAUUGGCUGUCUUAGACAGCGAGUCGUCCGAACCAGAGGACGCUAAAGCUAUAGAAGGAUCCGACCCCGCGGUGGCAAGAUCCGAAUUUGAGGAACUAUUUCACUACCUUCAAAAACAGUCCUCUAGUUCCCAGGGUGCCACUGGGGCGGCACUCGAUGUCAGAAGCAUAAAUGAAGAUUUAGAAACAAUCGAGCAGCAAGUUGGUGUUUUGGAGCAAUUCUUGGCCAGUAAGAAGCAGGAGCUGUACCAACUGCAAUCUGAAUGUCAAUCGAUGCACGCGUAA